UUAUAAACAAACAAUCUUGAAUAUUGUCUGACAAGGGCAAUCAUUAAUCUGCAGCUUAGUCAUUUUAUAAGAUGUCCUCCCGCUACGAUCGAGCUGUGACCAUAUUCUCGCCGGACGGUCACCUUUUGCAGGUGGAAUACGCCCAGGAGGCCGUUCGAAAGGGCUCGACGGUGGUCGGAGUUCGGGGGGCCAACUGCGUGGUGUUGGGCGUGGAGAAGAGCUCGGUGGCCAAGCUGCAGGAGGAGCGCACGGUGCGCAAGAUCAACAUGCUCGACAACCAUGUGGGAAUGGCCUUUGCCGGCCUAACAGCCGACGCCCGUAUCCUAAUCAAUCGUGCCCAGGUGGAGUGCCAGAGCCAUCGACUCAAUUUCGAGAAUUCGGUGACCGUGGAGUACAUUACCAGGUAUAUUGCCCAGCUGAAGCAGAAGUACACGCAGAGCAAUGGACGUCGACCCUUUGGGAUAUCCUGCCUCGUAGGCGGCUUCGAUGCCAGCGGAACUGCCCAUCUGUUUCAGACUGAACCAUCCGGAGUUUUCUACGAGUUCAAGGCGACCGCCACUGGACGCUCGGCCAAUACUGUGCGAGAGUUCUUCGAGAAAAAUUACAGCGAGGAGAAAGUAAGUACCAAUCGUGGAACCUAUAAACUGGCCAUAAGCGCACUUCUCGAAGUCGCCACGCAGUCGGGACACAAUCACCUGGAGUUGGCCACCAUGGAGAUCGGUUCGCCACUGAGAAUGUUGGAUAGCAAGUUAAUCGCCGAAUUUGUGAAUAUCAUUGAGAAGGAAAAGGUGCAGAAGCACGAGAGAAACGCUAGGAAAAUGAAUAGACGUUAUACUAAACCCUAAAGCUAUCCUAUCAUCGUCGGAGAUGGUCGUUGACUUGAUUAACAGUUCAAGUUAAAACUUGUCUUUUUUCUUGAUUUUUUGGUUAAUGAAAAACAUAUUUAGUUCUACCUUUUGUAUUCCUUUAAAAAUGUAUAUUUUUUUUUUAGUUAUGGAAUCAUAGUAAAUCUUUAAAUAAGUAUUUGAA